AUGGCGUGCCCAACGUCUUGGCCACUUCAACAGUUUAUUGCUUCUUUGGACAACUCUUGUUUGCCAAAAAUUCUACAAGUUUGCUCUGGAGUGUAUUUCCAAGGGUCUGUAUAUGAAAUCUCUGGGAGUGAAGUGUGCUUUUCCACUGGGGAUCUAAUAAAGGUCAUUGGCAUUGAGCUCCUAUCGGUUUGCUGUGAAGACAUCGGCAACAAUGAGACGUUUGAGCUGCCUAUAAACCACAAAGGGUUGUUCAAGGUUGUUCUGGAGGAGAUGCCUUACAGUACACUCGAGGAGAUGGUGAGCCUGAGGCCCGUGGGCCUGGAAUCCUGCCUUCCCUUCACUUUCACCAGCAGCUCCAAGAUUACCGUGGGCAAUUUCACUCUGGGGGCCGAGAGAGCUUUGACGGUGCUCUCCAUUGAGCGGCAUGAGGGCGAGGAGGAUCAGGUGCGCUGCCACAUUCGAGGACAACAGGAAGCCUCUGCGGAAUUGUGUAUCCCACUUUCUACCCAUGGGGAGUUCAGGGAAUGUGAAAGCGAGGAGCGCUUCACUCUGAUGGAGAUCAUGUCCUCGCCGUACCUGCGCAGUCGAAAGUUUUGCUUCAUGAACACCACCAAGAGUGAACGGCCCCUGAUCCUCAGCCCAGUGUACCAGGUCCACGGCAUCAUGAGCAUGAGAACAAACAUCUUGAAGUUCCUCUCCAGCUUGGAGAUGGAUGUGGUCGAAGUCACAGAAAUGAGCAGUGAUGUGAAUUUCAUGACCCCGCUCAGUCUGACGGAGGUUUGUUCCCAGCCGGAGGAAUCCUUCCCUGCAGUAGCAGAGAUAUUGGAGGGCCCAGAAACCCACUCUCUGUUCAGGUGCAGCUGGUUGCCACGACUGAGCAAGAACAGCCACCUGAUUUUCCACAAGACUGGAACCUCUGCCAUGGUUUUAUUAUCCAGCGUGAAGAGCCGAAAGACACAGCAGUACUUCCUGGUAUCCCAGCAGUACGGUGGACGAUUUCGGAGGCGGCCAAGAGAGUUUAAUUCGGUGUUCGAGCUGUAUGUCGCUUUCAUGCAGGCCCCGGGUCUGAAGGUGAGUGUAACAAGGAACUGUGAGGAAGAUGAGGAGGAAGGCCUGCCUGCCCUCAGUGUGGGCGAACAGCUGGAGGUUGUUCGCUCCGAAACGAUGGAGCUGCCUUGCGAAAGCAGCCUGGGACAGAAGCAGGUCGUCGAGGCUCUUCUGUGUCGUCGUCUCCAAGACCCAGAUGACGAAGAUGAGGACGAGGAUGAGGACGAAGCGGAGGUCAAGCAGAAGGAUGAGAGAGAGGAGAUUUGUCUGCCUCUGUAUAUGCAGGGUCACUUUGUGGAAGUGGUAGCUGAUAAAAAGAAGUACAGACUCAGAGACUUGGGUAAGGAGUUCAGUUUGCCCUUGGAUGUGAAAGUGGUGAGUCGGGACAGCGAGCUCGAGACUGAUCCCCUGGUUGGGUUUGCGUGUCUCAGAAUUGAGGGGGCCAUGCUAGAGCCCACCAUCCAGGCAAGCUUUCUGCACAGGCCAGAGCACUGUUUUGAGAUCCCGACCCAGUGGCUCUCUAUGUCCGUCUUUUUUACCCAAGAAGCCCUGCCGUGGCCCAUCGGUCAACCACCUAAGUGCCAUGUGGAUAGGGUUACCGAGGUGACAGACCUGUUCUUUUAUGAAUAUCACAGACAGGGAAAUUCAGAUGCAGCUGCUCCACCUCGACCACCAAAGCGAAAUCUGUCAUCUUUGAAGUCUUCCGAAAGUUCAUCAAAGAAAACCUCCAAGGCAGCCAAGUCCAAGCGCAGAGAAAGCGUCCCAACCAAGGAGUUAGCCAAUUUGACUUUAAAUAUCAAAAGAAGGCCCAAAGCACCACCACCUCCAGCUAUCUUGGAUAAUCAACCUCCACCAGUUGUACCCCGAAAACCCGCAGCGGCCAAAAUGACAACAGGCAAGGCUCUGCCAAACACGUAUGUGAAGAGGGAGGAGUCGAUGACAAAAGUGAAGCUGUGUGAGUUUGAAGAAGAUGUGGACAGCGACCACGACUAUGAAACUUUGGAUGAGACGUUCACAGUCAUGGUGAAGAAAGCACAAGAGGAUAUCAUGUUUUACUAAAGUGGUAAGCAGCAGAGGAUCACAUAUGGUUGGCCUACAUUAAGAACGACAAAGGAGAAUUUCUUAUUGCAGUUGUUUAGCUCCUAUCUUGAAUGGUAGUUUUGUAUUGUACCGAUGUGGCAUAGUCUUGCAUUGUGAGAAUUCACAGUCGGACCAAGCAACAUGUCCAUAAAACCCUAAAUAUUGUUAAAACUCAAUGUGAUUUAAGUUAAUUCUGAAAAUAAUCAGUUUAACUUAAGGUUAGAUAACUCCGGUGAAUGUAAAAUCAUUCAGCUUUAAUCUCCUGACAGUAUACUGUGUCUGUGAGGACCCACAAGAGCAUUUACACCGGCAGAGUUUUUUGUGAUUAACAAUAAGUGGACACUUUAUUUAGCACGUUUGCGUACAGGAAUAUGUCCCGUUGGAAUUAUUGAGUGUUGCUGUGUCACAGUUUUUUUAACAAAUACUGCCAUUUGUGGUAUUUGUUGUUGUAGGACUUCUUGAAAUGUGAGAAAGUACAUGUGUUUGAACUUGUCAACAAAUCUAUGGUCUUUUUUUAAUGUUUGCAUAAAAUACCAUAAUACUGUGCCAUUCUUAGUCGUUUUUAUAUAUAGUCCAUCCUGGAAAUUCAGCAACCCCUUCCACUAGAAUAGUCAAAUCACAACACCACAAACAGCCUUACAAUAAAGCAUACAGGCUUCAGAGGUAUUACAUGUAUUGUUGUAUAUGCAUUUGAUGUAUAUGGAAACCUCCGAUAGCAUCAACGUAUACAUACCAACUCCAAACAGAAACGGCUCAAACCAGUCUGGGAGGCACAGGUCUUCAUUGAAUGUGCAGCUUCUCACAUGUGUGACCAUGUAAUGGCGAUACAAUCGCAGCUCUCCCUUUAGUAAACGCAAACUAAAGAUCUGAGAAUACAAAAAGGUGCCACACAGUAUCCAAUCUUAUUUGUACUUAUUUAUGUAAUUGAAAUGAUGGUUUUGAGUCACUGCCAAAUAAAUAUAAAAAAUCAAAUAAAAAAAAUUAACCUCG